UCAAUAGAAUUUACGCAAGUGCGGGCGCUGCUGGCGCUGAAAUCUAUAUCAGUUUGAGUGAUAAGCUGAUAAGCGACAGUCGCGACUCGGCGGGCAGAGAGUUCGAACAUUGUGUUUUUCCCAUAUUGGAGCAAUUAAUGCAUAGAGUAAUUAUUGGAGAGCCGAAGCAGAAGACAACAACAAGUCUGAGUGGAGGAUGUCAUUGCGAUAAGGGAGCAACUGUGAGAGUGUGUGUGAGACAGAGAGAGAGAGAGGGAGAGUGAUAAAAGCACCUGCAAGCUGAUAAAACAUUUGAAGGUAGACAGUGCGUUAAUAUUUAACUUGGUCACUUGGCCGCGACUCAUUUGAGUUUCACACCUUGCGCGUUGCACAAACCGUAACCGAAAAUCUCCGUGUGCCACAUGCGACCGUUAUGUUAACAAAAACUACGCUUAUCAGCCUAUUGCUGGUGCUGCUCGUGCUGCUGCUGCAGGGCAGCGAUGGCGCCACAACUACCUGGGGGCACGUCAACAAAUAUGCCAGCACGCUGCAUGCACAAGAUGUUUACUUGGGGCACGUGAGCAGCACGGAUGCGGAUGCGGAUGCGGAUGCCACGGCUGUCAGUGUGGAUGUUCGGGAUGUUGCAUACGGCGCCCAGAACUCGAGCGCAGUCGAUGGCUACACGAUAACGGCGGUGCAUGCCUACGACAUGACCUUGCCGGGGGGCAACGGCGGCCGGGUGCGUUUGCUCAGCGGCGGCGUGGGCCAACAGCAUGCCGUAGUGCGUUUCCAGCGCUACGCCCAGGUGCCCAGGGCGCACUUCCAGCUGGUCAUCUACGGCCUCGCCCUGGGCUAGGCGUGAAGUGCAGUCAAUUGCCGAGGAAACUUAAUUAAGUUGCGAUUCAACUUUGAAUUCGAUGUUGGCAACUUCCUGCUCGACAGACGGCAAAGCUAACUAAGUUAUUAUAAUGUCAUAAUUAAGAGCAUGAGAGUUGCGCUUAUUAGCAUGAAAAAUGUGAAAAUUCCAUUAUAAGUUAACAGACACACACACACAUGCACACACACACACGCACACUUCACAGAGUUUCAGUUUUUGAGCAGCUUCGGAAUUUAAUAUCGUGCGACAUCUGAGCAGGAGGCGCUACGAAUGUUGUUGCUGUUGCAGCCAUACGUAAUGAGAUGCAAAUGCACACUUAACCACCCACUUACACACACACACACACACGCACUCACACCCACACACACACACACACAUGCACAGCAAACCGCUUAGCGGUUUGGUUUUGCCAGCAUAAGUCGCUUUAAGCGCUUGAUAAAUGCAGUUUAACGCCGCCA